AUGGAUUUCCCAACCCGUUUCUCCACAUUCUUCACCAUUUCUAUGCUCAUAUUCCUCUCAUCUUCUUCAUCAACAAAUGCAGCAUCAAAACUAGUUAAUAGUAUCUGCAGCCAAACAGGAGAUUACGCUUCAAAAUGCCAACAACUUAUAGGAUCAGAUCGAAAAACAAAAGACUUAGAGGACCCAAAAAAGCUUGCUGAAAUAGUACUUCAGAUGAGCUUAGAAGAUGCACAAAAAAGCUAUGAUUUCAUCAACCAAAUGCUCAAGGAAAAAGCAACUGAACCCGUUGAGCAGUGUGUUUUUUGGUAUGAAGCUGUGGUUGCUUCAUUCAAAAGUGCGCAUGCAGAGCUUGAAGAAGAUCCUGAAUCUGCAAAUUAUGAUGUCAAAAUAGCCGGUGAUUAUGCAGAUAAUUGUGAAAAUGGGUUGGCUAAUGGUUCUCCAAUUCCAGAAAUAUCUGCUAAGAAUGAUCAAGUUUGGUUAUAUAGUAGGAUUGGAUUUGCAGUAACUAAUUUGCUUUAG